AUGGAUAUCACCGCAGACCAAACGUUAUUUGAAAGUGAAAGGGAGUAUAUCGAGUUCCUAGAUGAAUCCGAUUACUAUAAGAAUCGGAUUAAUCAAAUGAUAACAAACGAAAGCUGCCGCCUUAUUAUUAAUAUAAAUGAUCUGCGCCGCGAAAACCCCAAAAGAACUGAAGAGUUGAUUGCCAAUUCUUUUGCUGAGAUUCUCGCCUGCCAAAGAGCUCUUAAAAGAUGUGUUCAGAAUAUAAAUCCGGAAUAUGCUAAGAACAACAUGGAUUUCUUUAUUGGAUUCGAAGGAAGCUUUGGUGCUUUACACGUUUCUCCGAGAACGCUGUCCUCUAAUCUUCUUGGACACAUGGUUUGUGUUGAAGGAAUUGUCACUAAGACUUCUGUUGUUCGACCUAAAGUCGCUUGCAGCGUUCAUUACUGUCCAGCGACAAAGAAAACUAUUGAGCGGCGAUAUGCUGACAUGAGUAGUCUUGAUGCUUUUCCUUCAUCCGGUGCUUAUCCAACAAAGGAUGAGAGUGGAAAUCUCUUGGAAACAGAAUACGGUCUGUCCACAUACCAAGAUCACCAAAAGAUCACCAUUCAAGAAAUGCCAGAAACAGCUCCUGCUGGUCAACUCCCGAGGUCCGUGGAUAUUCUUAUGGAUAAUGAUCUUGUUGAUUCCUGUAAAGCUGGAGAUCGUAUUCAAGUUAUUGGUCAAUUCCGAUGUUUGCCAGGCAAGAAGAAUGGUUAUACUUCUGCUAGCUUCCGCACUGCGGUCAUCGCUAAUAAUAUUCAACUCUUUAAUCGUCAAUCGGAACCCAGUUUCUCAGAUAAGGAUAUCAGUGUUAUGCGUUUGGUUUCUAAACGACACGACGUCGUGGAUCUAUUGGCCCGUUCCCUUGCACCUUCCAUCUAUGGUUACCACUAUAUUAAGCAAGCAAUCCUUUACCUUCUAUUGGGUGGCGUUGAACGGAUUCUGCCCAAUGGUUCACGAAUUAGGGGUGAUAUCAAUAUCCUUCUAUUGGGAGAUCCUUCGGUUGCUAAGUCCCAAUUUCUUCGUUUCGUUCUUCAUGUUGCUCAUUUGGCCAUUCCAACUACUGGUCGUGGUUCAUCUGGUGUUGGUUUAACAGCUGCUGUUACUACUGAUCACGAAACCGGGGAGCGUCAGUUAGAAGCUGGUGCAAUGGUCUUGGCAGAUCGGGGUAUUGUCUGUAUCGAUGAAUUCGAUAAAAUGUCCGAUAUUGAUCGUACCGCCAUUCAUGAAGUAAUGGAACAGGGUCGUGUAACCAUUGCGAAGGCAGGUAUUCAGGCCCAGCUUAACGCUAGAUGCUCUGUCUUGGGUGCUGCUAACCCUGUUUAUGGGCGAUAUGAUCAAUAUAAGACUCCUAUGGAGAAUAUUGGUCUGCAAGAUUCAUUGCUAUCUCGUUUCGACCUUCUCUUUUUGGUGUUGGAUAAGGCUGAUCCUGAGAGUGAUCGUGGUGUUGCAGAGCAUGUUCUUCAAGCUCAUCAGUAUCGUGCACCAGGUGAACAGGAUGGAGAAGCAAUGCCUCUGCAGGAUAACACUGUUCAUCUAGCCACUUGCAAUCUUGAUCCUAAUUCAGCCAACAAUGCUGCUGCUGAUGCUCGUAAUAAUGAGACUGAUGGUCAGGUCUUUGAAGAUCGUGGUGGAUUCAUUCGAGGCAGGGGUACAAGAAAUACGUGA